GAUGUCACACGUGACGCUAGGGGGCGCGAUAGCGGCCGUCUCGGGGGUCGUACGGAUCGGCGGCAGGGUGAGGUCGACGAGUGGAGGUUUCUCACAAGUUGGGGGAGCGUUCAGUAGCGACACAUACGUUUUUAGGGCCAUGGUUCCCUCGUCUUCAUAACCAGCGUCCGUCGGCUAGAGGCUCAAGUUGUCCCGAUGAAUGUUGCCAUGGAAGCGGAGAAGCGGAGCGAGUUCACGCCCAGCUGUCCAUCCCAGAGCAGCAGCAUCUCUUCCAGCCACGAAGCGUUGCCUCCAGAGAAUGACAGCCCGACCCGACACUGCCCCCGCCCCGGCACUGCCAGCCUCCGCCCCGGCACGGUUAUCCCCAAUCGCCUUUUUGUCGGGGGAAUCGAUUUAAAGGUGAAUGAGAGCGACCUGCGACACGUUUUCUCUCAACAUGGUGCAGUAAAAGAGGUGAAGAUUGUGAUCGAUCGCACAGGGAUGUCAAAGGGAUAUGGCUUUGUUACAUUUGAGACCCAAGAUGAUGCUUUGAAAAUCCUUCAUGAUGCUAAUGGAAUCAGUUUUAAAGACAAGAAGCUCAGCAUCGGUCAGGCCGUCCGCAGGCAGCACGCUCCUGGACAAAUGAAGUGUGCCCAUGUGACCAGCCUCGACUGCGCCGCGCCGCGUCCAAUUUCCUGGGGCCCCGCCCCCGCAGACGCCGCGUACUCCUGCCACAACGGAGUGACCUACUUCCACUGGCCCAACUCGGGCCCUCCUCCCCACAGCUGGCCUGUCAGUCCUCCCUCACAUCACACCCACCUCCCUGUGGACUUACCUGCCCCGCCCAUGACGCUUCUUGGGCCCCAUCCGCCCGUCUACCAGCAACCGGCCUAUCACCACCACCAGUACCAGUGGAACGUCGUCCAGGCGCCGAUGCUCCAGAACCCAGUGGUGUACUCCCAGCAGUCAGAGUAUCUGGCCCCAGCUCCGCCUCCCCUACCGGUGAUGGAGGACACCGCGCCGGAGUUUGUGGAGCCGGCGGCGCCGCAGGUUUACCCGUUGUAUCCUCCGACAGCUGACGGAAUGACUCCUUUUGUCCUGCAACACCAUCCUAGAAAGAAUGUGAUGUUUCGGCACGCACGGGUCCACCCGAAGGCAAAGUACCGCCAGUUCUUCCCCCACGAGGACCACUACUACCUGCCGAAGGCCGCAGAGCCUCCAGAGGCCUCCGUGCUUUGCGCUCAUCAACCGCUCAUGUAGAACAAACACGCAGCGCCUUGUCGAGGAAACAACCCUCGACGAGGCACCACGUCAACGACCCACCGAACCGCCUGCUCGUCCUUCUCCGAUAUAUCAUCCGUUGAUACAAUCAGCUGUCCAACCUGUGCCUUACAACACGAGGCCGCGUCCCGUUGUAGACUCACAGCUCUCAGAUCUGAUGCUUUGUCGAGGCGCCAGUACAGUUGGAUGGUUGAGGUUUGCGCUACGCUGCAUACUGUACACUACAGUCGUUAUUGUAACUCCCCCUCAAACCAAAAUUAAACUCUGUGCUACUCAAGUUUAGCAGUAAACCAUUUACUAGACUAAGCAAUACGUCGUGAAAUCUGAUUAUUCAGAUUGGACUGUUUCUUAAUGGAGCACAGCGAACGUCUUAAGCUCUUGUUGCAACGAUCUGUGACGUAGUCAAGACGACUGCGGCAUUUAAAUGGAUUUUUACAAACAACAUUCAAAGUUUUUAUAUUCUUUUUAGGAACUCAAUUGAAUUUCAAACUUGAAAAAUGUACAAUAUCGAGGGGAAAAAGUCAUUUCAAACAAUCACUUAUUAAAAGCUGAAUAUUAAUUUCUGUAAAACUGGCUUUAAAUCUGUAAUGAGUACGUUUAAGCUCAGAUCGACCGUCCACAAAGCCAUCAUGCAUCGCGUCAUGCACACGGAUGAUGUAGCUGAGGAUAUCUUUCUUUUUUACCUCUCUGUGCGUCUCGAGGGGCUCAGCGAUCACUAUUAUUUUGGAGGAUAUGAAGAAGGCAGCCGUGUUGAUUUUUAGAUCAGUGCAGAGAUGGAUAAGAUGUCCUGCAGUAUUCGGAUGCUCUGAACUCGUGACCUUUUAACCUUUCAGGAUCAUCUGAUCCACACAAAGGUGACGCGAGGAAAUGAGUCCGCACCGUUGUGACGUCUUUAUCAGUUUAAAAACAGGUCUUAUUGGUUUAUAAAUGAUAAUAACGGCUCAAUUCAGCCAUGAGUAUGUGCCACUUACAUUGCAAGUUUUAUGCCAGGAACGAUCAUUUGAUAUUUAGAAAUCCCAAAUGGAUCAGAUGACCGAUUUGUUUUUAAAGUCACGUCUCUUCAUCCCAGCGACUGGGAGAGCUUCUUUACCGCAGCAACACGCCUCUUUGAGCUGAAUGGUUUUAUUCAUAAACCAGGUAGGAAUAGAAGCCAGCGACGUGUUUUGAUGAUUUGAAGAUUCCCUUGACGGUUGCGUGUCAUUUCUCAAUGUAUUAAUUAAUUAGUCAUUCUAGUGUUUGGAAAGGGUCUAGAGUUUAAAAGCGCUGUUUCCAAUUAUCAAACACACCUGCCCUCAAGUUAAAUAUGAAUAUUACACUUUAAAUAGAUGGAUAUUUUAAUGAUAUAUUUUAUUGCAAAUCUACUCUUUCCUUAUGCUUUGAUGUUUAAUGUCAUAUGUUCAGUUUGACAUACUUGUUCAUAACGUUCAUUUUUCGAUGGGUUUUUGAUGACAUUUCCUUUUGUUUUAUUGUGUGACUCCAUGUGUUCUCUCUCGGGAUCAAACUCUUGAAAGCAGACAGCGAAAUGUAAAACCAAACAAUAACCCACUCGGAGAUAUGUGUGAUUUUCAGAGCGAUACUUAUUAAACGCUUUUGUUAAACUAAUAAUCAACUAACCUCACGUUUUGCUUCAAUGACAUUCUCUCGUUCAGUGUGUUUUCAGUUCUUCAGCGGUAAAUAAAUGUGUCUUUGCUAAAUUAAA